CCAUCUCUAACUACCCUCACCGCCACUCUUCUCAUGGAGUCAUGGGAACCUUUGGCGGGAACAUAACCUCCCAACAUCACAGAAUUGGCGAUUCAAUAUCCUCUCAUAAAGCUUCGACUUUCUCUUCUAAGGUCUAAUCUAAAACUAAUCUUCCAACUCUUAAUUGUUGCGAAAAUGUCUGACAUCCCCUCUCAGCUCUACCGCCAAAUACUUCUUUUCCUGCCAGCCGAUUCCCUUUUCCGCUUCAGAAGUGUUUGCAAGGACUGGUGCCGUCUCAUUGAUGAUCCAUCUUUCGUCAAAGUCCACACACAAAAUCAAAUCUUCUCAAGCACUCUUCUCAUAAAAAAAGGCUCUGGUUCACCGCCGUUUUAUCUCAUAAACUUUGAGUCCUUAGAAUUCAAGGAUGACUUGAGCGAUGAUGGCCAGAUGAUUGAAGUAAUUCCAGUGAAGCAAUUGGUUUGUCUUGACGUGCCUCGCUUACGGGGUCUUCCCGUGAACUCCUGCAAUGGUUUGAUUCUCAUUUCUACUUAUGACCUUAACAAGAUAUGGGCUGUUUGGAACCCGUUAACUCGAGACUGCCAUCAGUUGCCCCUGCCCGAUUGCUCUACGUUUUCUUUUGCGGCUGCAGGUAUAGGCUACGAUCAUGUUUCUGAUGACUACAAAGUUGUUAGGCUAGACACAAUUUCCCGUGGUGGAAAAUAUGUUUGUAGAACUCUUCUUUACAGUUUAAAGUUGGGUUCUUGGAAGAGAAUUAAGGAUUGUCCUGAUAAUUUUUUUGGUCUUAAUCGUGUUAAUGGGGUUUGUGUGAAUGGGAAAUUGCACUGGUAUGCAUGUGAAAUGAUUAUCACUUUAGAUCUUGUCACCGAAGAAUACGGUCAUAUCCCUAUUCCUCCCGUAUCCUCCUCCAAAGAGAUAAUUGAUAUGUAUUUGGAUGCUAUUAGUGGGUUAUUAAUUUUGAGUUACACUUAUUUCACAAGCUCGGGAUGUCACUUUGAUGGAUGGGUGUUGCAAGAAUAUGGAGUAGAAAACCCUUGGGAGAAAUUGCUCUCGUUUCACCUUCCCUGUUUUGAGUCACCCAAACUUGUGGCUUACAUGAAGAACAAAAAGAAGGUUAUUCUGCAGCGUGACGAUGGUUUUUUUUGGGUCGAUAUUGAAAGCAAUUCAGUGAAGCAGGUCGCAUUUGAUGACCUCAUGGUCAUUUCUUCUCAAGUUUGUCCUGGAAGCCUCUACCGCCUCGAUGACCGUGGCAAUACCAGUAAACCUGUCUCAACUUUAACAGGAGGUGUGAAGAGAAAGAGAAAACAAAUCAAAAAGAGGACUAUUACAAGGCUGAAGAUCCAUAUAAGAAAGGGAAGUUACCGGAGUCCAGAACCUAGUUAUGAUUCUUCACUCGGUUCAUACGAGGCUGAUGAGUAUUGAGUACUCCAGUCCGUCUACGUACCAUGCUUAUUUUAGAUGGAACCUAUCAAUGACUUUGCAAAUGAGUCUAUUUUUGUUAACUUUGAAAACUUUCAGCAUUUAAAUUGAAGUGUUUUUGGAAAUGCAAUAUUUUGUAUUAAUUAUUUAUUGCUCUUUUAGUUCAUGCAUGCUACAGCUUGCAGUAACAAUUACUCCCAUGUCAUUUUGAAAUCGCAAUUUAUGAAGUGUACAACGUACAUACCUAUGAAGAGUGUUAUU